AUGUCUGUCACCCACGAAGCACGACAGGGAUAUUUGCCGGCGCCUGCUUGUGAUAAAAACAAUUGCGGGCAGGCUCAUCACCGAUUGUUACAUUAUGAGAAGAGCAGUACGGGAAAUGAUAACACUACGGGCCUACACGAGUCUUCUGAACGCGAACCCACUACCGAAGCACAACAAGUAACGCACAUUAAAGAAAACAAUCGCCAGGUACUAUUAAAGGUUGUAACGGUACAAAUACACGGACCGAUGGGAACUGUAACAACUGCCGCGUUGCUCGACGACGGGUCAACUGUAACGCUAAUGAACUCGGAACUAGCCGCAAGAGUGGGGCUACGCGGACAUAGAAAAACUAUGCGUGUGCGCGGCGCAUGGGACACUAAUGAGCUAGAAUGCGACAGCGAGAUAGUAAAUUUCACUGCAUCCAACAAAGACGGCCAGCUAUUUACACUUACGGCGCAUAACGUUAGCGAUCUGAAUUUACCUGCUCAAGAUACCUCUAAUUUAGGUAUUUCUCGAUAUGAACAUAUUUCUCAAAUUAAAAAUCAACUUAAUCUUGAAUAUUAUAAGCCACAGCUGCUAAUAGGGCAAGAUAAUUAUCACGUAUUAUUACCAUUACAAGUUCUAGAAGGCAAACCAGGGGAACCGUUUGCUACUCUUACUCCACUAGGAUGGUGCCUCCAUGGUUGUACCAGAACACAAUCCGUCAAUUGUUUGUUGCAUUCUACUCUGCUUCUCAGCUCCAACCACUGUGGCCUAGACACAGAAAAAGAAGACCUACUCCGUGAGAUACAUGAAGAGGUCCGACGUUCCUUCGCUAUAGACUCCUUGGGGGUCACCGCUAAACCACGAGGGAACUCUGAUGACAUACGCGCUCAAGCGCACCUGGAGAAAACGUGUAAAUUAAUACAGGGAAGGUGGUAUGUUGGUCUGCCUUACAUUUCAACCGAAGCCUUAGGACCUACUGCUGUAAGGUUCGAUAUUGAACAGCAUUCAGAACGCACUUUAGGUCUUAUGUGUAUUCCUACCAACAUAGUCGCGGGUGAAAAAAUACCUACAAAGAGAGAAAUGCUACGAGUUAUGUCAAUAUUCGAUGUGUUUGGGUUCUUAUCACCAUUCACUAUUAGAGGAAAAAUAAUUCUACAAGAAACAUGGCAAUCCGGAAUUGGCUGGGAUGAAUCACUUACUGAUGAACUUUAUAUUAAGUGGACCGAAUGGCUGAAAUCGCUAAAAGGUAUCAGUCGAAUAUCUUUACCACGUCAUUAUCUCGCGGCAACACGUGCGAGCGAGAUGGAAGACGCACCUAGUGCACUGAACAGCGCGGGCAGCGGUGUUUACGAUAAACUCGCAUUACAUGUUUUUAGACGGCUUGAACUUCAGGCUGCAGUUUUGGCCGCUAGAUUGGCGGACACUAUAGUUACACAACAUAAAAUAAAACCACGAAAUAAAUACUUUUGGAGUGACUCAACUACUGUACUGCAUUGGAUAAGAAACGACGCUCGGAAUUACCAAACGUUCGUAGCGCAUCGAUUAAGGGAGAUUGAUGAACUUACCUGUUCAAGCAAAUGGCGUUAUGUGCCUACCGGGCUGAACAUCGCAGACGCUGCCACUAGGGAAGAAUGCGACAUGGCUAUAUUAGAAGGCGCAUGGCUGUACGGCCCUAGUUUUCUAUGUUGCAACGAAGCUGAUUGGCCUGAAGACCUGCUAAUAUCUAAUCCAACUUUUCAAAAUGUCACUGAAUAUGUAGUCACUAUAGGAAAAAUUACACUAUGCUUGAAAUGCACUAGAAGCGUGAAAACGUCGCUCAAGACUAUCCUCAAAGCAAGAGUGCCAAGAGAGGAAGUCUUGAUCACUCUGAUGGCAGAGGUCGAACAGAUAGUCAACAGUCGACCUCUCACUCACGUCUCUGUUGAGCCUGCUACCACAGAGGCGAUUACCCCUAACCAUUUUCUUUUAGGUACUUCCUCGAACCUUCCAUUGCUCGGGGCAUUUGAUGACUCCGACUUGUUCCUGAAGAAGCAGUGGCGCAUCUCACAGCUCCUGGCUGACCAGUUCUGGCGUCGCUGGGUGAAAGAAGUCCUACCACAGAUGCUACCACGGAAGAAAUGGCAUCACGAAUCCCAACCACUACAGAUCGGCGACUUAGUCGUCAUCGUCGAUCCCAAUAUGCCGCGAGGCGUCUGGCCCCGAGGCAUCAUCGAGGCGGUGCUGCCAGGAAGGGACGGGCGCGUGCGAGUGGUGGACGUGCGGACGAAGUCGGGGCUGCUAAGGAGGCCUGCAGUACGCGUCGCAAUCCUACCUGUUGGAGAAGAGUGCUGA